CAUCAUCAAAAAACUUUUUUGUUAUUCCUGUGACUCAGGAGAUAAUGUAUAACUAUGCGGCAGGCCUGAAAGAUUAUUUUCGUCCAGUGCCAAAAGCUGUCUCUAAAGAAAAGUUUUCCAUUUCUACAUAUCGCGUAUUUAAAUACACCAAAAAUUCAGGUGGUGUUGAAGUUAGUCAGUCUGCUAGUAUCCCUUUUUUUAUACAUUUUAUGAUGCUUAAAAAAAACUACAAACCAAAUUUAGCUUUAAUGUCAAAAUAUUACGAUAAUGCCUUACCUAUUAAGCAUGCAAAAUAUCAAAACGUGAUGUUGCUAGCUCAGGAAUAUGUCGGGAAAAACGAAAUGUAGAAGUUGAUUCCGAUGUCACGGACACAGAUUGCUCUGUUGACUUUGAGUCUGAUUAAUUACUUAAUCUUGCUAUUUUUAAUUCUUCAACACAUAUUUUUGCUAAUUUCUAUACUUAGUUGGAUAAUAUAAUAUACCUAUAUUCAUAAGAAAC